CCGGAAACGGAUCCGCUUUUUUGUCCGAGUGCAGAGCGAGCGAGGACGCAUUCAGGUUUGCAAAAGCGUGGAAAGUGCCGCCUUCCAGACGAAUAGAACAAUUGUGAGAAUGGCUCUCGAGUCGCGUAUUACACAGGAAGAAAUCAAGAAGGAAACAGAGAAGCCCAUCGACAGAGAAAAGACCUGCCCCCUUCUCCUGCGCGUCUUCACCACCAACAACGGCCGACACCACAGACCAGACGAGUUUGCUCGUGGCAACGUUCCCUCCAGUGAGCUGCAGAUAUACACAUGGAUGGACGCCACCCUGCGGGAGCUGACGAGCCUGGUGAAGGAGGUGUAUCCAGACGCCAGGAAAAAGGGAACCCAUUUCAGUUUCUCCAUCGUCUACCCCGACCUUCGAGGGAAAGUGUAUCGCCUCAAAGACAUCGGCAACACGGUGUCGGGCAGGAAGGGUGCUGAUGACUCCAUGACGCUGCAGUCUCAGCGCUUCCACAUUGGAGACUACCUGGACAUCGCCAUCACACCCCCCAACAGAGCCCCACCGCUCGGUGCACGGAUGAGGCCCUUCUGAGGAAAACACACGCAAGCCCACUUUUUUUUCUAUCCUGUUAAACUCUUUUUGCUCAUCUUGGACAAUUUCAUGCUUAAUAAAAUAUUUCCGCCCCAAA